AUGGAUUUAAGAAAGUUAUUCGUCCGCAGCAGAGAAGAAGCAGCAGGAAGGAGAGAUACAGUGUCACAAAGCCAGGGAAGAGGAGAGGGAGACAGGGAGAGGAAGGAAGGAGGGACUCACCAGAGAAGCGAGGUGGUCAGCCGUAACGAGCGAACCAAGAAACAACGCUCCGGUUGGCUACAAACCAGGUGGCGGUCAAGGCAAGAGCGUCAAUCCCUGAAAAAGACCACCAUGAAUGAAUCGGCAGCCCGACGACUCCUUGACGGUGCUGGACUUUGAUUGGAUGGACCCACAUUUGAUUGCCACUGUACUGACUGAGCCACAUGCCAUCCAGAAGAAUGGAUCCUCCUCCCAACGCCUCACAUUCAUUCAGCUUUACUGACAUCUUUCAUGAUUGGUGUCACAGACAAGAAUUCACCUUCAGGCCCGUGGAAAAAAUGUGUGCCAGAUCUUGAGAAGCUUUUCAAACAGAAAAAAACAAUUUCCCCAUUAAAAUACUAAUUUUUUGCAAACAUUCUAUUAUGGACCAGUAUUGAUCGAUCAUGGUGGGCCGUGCAUGCUGUAAUUUUCGAUAUUCAUGGAUCUCUCAUGGAUCAGGUCAUUGAUCAGCUCAUGCUUCUUUUUUUUUGCUUUGUGAACAUGCUGCUUUUAAUUGACCGCGCUCAGAAAAGUGCAGUUUUUUCUUUUUUUUCAUUCAGUCCACAAACAACUCAUCUCGGAUUAGUACCAAAGAGACAAAUAGUCAAGUAGGAAAAAGCACCAGAGGAGAUUUGCAGCCUCACCGCCAUGGUGAUGUCCCAGGGCACCUACACCUUCCUGGCCUGUUUCGCCGGCUUUUGGUUGGUCUGGGCCUUCGUGGUCCUGCUCUGCUGUUUCUGCAGCUUCCUGCAGCGCCGGAUCAAGCGGCGCCGCGAAGUUCGGCUGAGGGAGCAGGGUCUCCGAACCGUGGAGACGGAGCCGCUCGCUUGUCCCGCUCUGCCAUACCCGCCACCACUCGCCACUCCUCAACUAGCUCCGCCCCUGCCUCCGCCGCCUUCCCAGCAAAUGGCACCGCAGUUCUCGCCGUCUACGCCGCUUCCACUUCAAGUUCCUCAUCCUUUGCCAGAAGCUAAUUGGGUCAGCAUGCCUGAAGCAGAUCCCUUUGGAAAUCCGCCGUGCUACGAGGAGGCGGUCCUAAUGGAGGACCCUCCCCCUCCUUACACCGAAGUCCUGUCAGAACCCCGAGGGAUCACCUACCUGAAACCCGCCCCUUAUCGAUCCGCACCGCCGCCCCUGCGGGAACACCAGGAUCCCAGCCCGGCGUUCCCGUCCAAGAGCGGCAAGCCUCCACCGCCGCCGUCGUCGUCGUCCGUGUUCCCCGGUCGGGGUUACUCCUCCCUCAUCCGCCUGCCUUCGUCGCAGCGCUGGGACUCUUUGGGCCACCUGCUUUCCAACAUGGACCUCAACCAGUACAACCUCACACCACCGGAGGCUCGCUCCCGGCGGGUGGGCGUCACCAUGGCGACCAUGCCCCGCCGGGAGAACAGGACCGGUGGUCUUAGAGGACGGAUGCAGGGACUCCACCAUGCGGACUUUGAAGGAGGCGUGCAGAGGCUAAGAGGCCUGGAGCCUGGCUGUGGUCUGCCUACAUCCUUCCCUCUGCUGGGCCGGAGCACUGCCGUCUAAGUGGGCGGAGUCAUCUCUUCAGGACGCUAAUUGAGUCAGAGAUUCAGACACUCAGCGAGGCGUUUUCAUCUCUCAGCGCCCGGGCCUCCUAUUGUUCCGCAGCAGCCGUUGCCAUGGCGUUCGGGUCCUGCGUAUUCACGGCCACGACCUCGCUCCUCCUUUUAUCUGCUCCGUGUAACGUAGGAUACACACAGAAAAGUGGCCAGCAACACGCUGCUUAUAUAUUGUGUUAUUUUCCUACUGAGCGCGUCACCCGCGUUCUUUCAGCACUUUGUGACGCCACACGGGCAUCUUAAAAUACUCCUAAAAGGCAAAUCAUCUUGUUUUCCCACACUGUUAAAGACCAGCAGGCUGCAGCCUUCAGGCCUGUGAGUCACCGAUGCUCAAUUUCAAAUAUAAACAGAAAUGGAUCUCAGCCACUCAGGACAAGCCCCUCCCCCAUCCCUCAAGGAGCCUCUGAUUCAACUUGUUUACAAAUAUACUGACAUUUAUUUAGCUUGUUGCACUGGGCAAUCAAUGGCUUUAAUAUGAUUCUGUAUUCAUGCUAAAAGUACAUUAGGAAAGCCAAUUCAAUAAAAAAAAUAUAUAUAUAUACUAAUAAUUUGUCAACUAAUGUUGGAGUGCAAUGUAAGCAAAAUGUAAUUUACUUAAAUGCCCGAACCCAUUUAUCUAUUUCAUGACCAAAUUCUUAUAUGUUAGAUAUAUUAACCUUUUUAUGCAUGUAAUGGCUUUUUUUUACAUGAGGCUACAGCAAAAUGAGAAGCAACAUGGAAAAUACUUGUCGUUCACUAAAUGGUUACAUACAUUAAUAAUAUUGAUAGUAUAAUGGCUGCAAAAUCUCAAUAUAAAAAUAUAUACCGUAUUUCCUUGAAUUGCCGCAGGGCAUAUAGUAUGCGCCUGCCUUGAAUUACUGCCGGGUCGAACUCGCUUCCCAAAAUAAUUAGCACAUGCUUAGUAUUACCGCCUGGUCAAACUUGUGACGUCACGAGUGACACUUCCCCUGUCAUCAUUUUCAAAAUAGAGGAGGCUGAUUUCAAUACCGGUAAUUUGAAAUCUCAUAAAGGGAAGAAGAUUAAGAGCUAUUCAGUAGGAUUUAAGGUCCAAGCUUACAUCACACUCAAAUUUUUACUGCAUACCUUUGGUAAUUGCCGGAGGGAGAAGAGGUUUUAAAAUAAUUAGCACAUGCUUACUUUUACCGCAUGCCUUUGGUAAGUGCAGGAGUGAGAAUAAGUUUUAAGUUAAAUAGCGCCCCGGCGGCAAUUCAAGGAAAUACGGUAUGUUAAUGUAAAAAAAACAAAACCUGUUUUUUAAUCCAUUUGGAAAUAUUAAAAUCUAAAGUGUUUUUUAGAAAUAUUUUUGCACAAAAAAGUACUUUUGCGUGUUUUAUUUUAUCAUAAAGAAAAAAAAUUGGGGGCACAUAUUUUCCAAAAAAUAAAUGCAAAUUGAUAAUAUUUAAAUAUAUUAUUUUACAUGUUUGUGUGUUCUUUUAUAAAUUUGGACACCAAUACAUCCAUAAAAAAGAAGCAAAAUAAAAUAAAUUAAUGCCACUCAUUAAAAGUAGUAAUACAUUAAUACUAUUGAUGUAUUUAAAAGCUUUAUCAUCUCUAUAAUUGAAGAUAUAUAAAAUAAAAAUGCAGUCAUUUUCUAUGUAAAUUUGGAAAGAUUUAAAUUGGCCCUGUGUACGCCACCUUUUGCCCGAAUGCAGCUGAGAUAGGCUCCAGCAACCCCCCGCAACCGUGAAUGGGACAAGCAGUAGAAAAUGGAUGAAUGGAUAAAUGUAAACAAAAAGUGUCCAUUUUCAUUUAAUGUUUUUUGUUGUUGUUUACAAAAUUAAAAAAUGAUGCCCGAUUGUAGCUAAGGUAGGCACCAGCGACCCCAAAGGGAAUAAGCGGUAGAAAAUGGAUGGAUGGAUGACUAAAAUUGGAAAGAAAAUUUGCAAAGAUUUAAAUAUUUUAUUUUGUAUAUAUUUGUUAAGCAUUCAUAAAAGCAACAUAAAUCAAAUAUCAGUUAUGCAUUAACUACAUGAAUAUUAUGUAUAUAGUUUUUAUAAUAUAUGUAUGCGUUUCUAUUAAAAAAAAUAUUUAAAUGUGAAAAAAAGGCAUUACUGUUUUUUCUUGUCCAAAUUUGGGAACAAUUUCCUAUUUUAAUUAUUUUGGCACAAAACGUCCAUCCUAUUCAUAUUUUGCAUGUUUUUAACAUAAAAAUAAAGGAUUUAGGACCAAAAUGUAAAUAGAAAAAAACAAAGCAAAUAUUUAUACAUUUUUUUUUAAUUUUGGACACAAACACAUCCACUUCACAAUUUUUUCAAGGUAAACACAAAUCUUAUAUUUUCAGAAAAUGUAUUCCAAUAUUUUACUUUGUUAGAAUUUACCCGCGACGCACAAACAUCCAUAAAAAUGUUUUAAAAAAAAUAUAUUAAUUCGUUUAACAAUAUGAUUACAAAGUGGUUGUAUUUUGUAAUGACUGUUUCUAAUAUUUAGCCCUUCUCGGAUGUACAAAAGAGGUAACCAAAAUAUUAGGAACACCUCUUCAGUUUCCCCUCCAUCAGCCGCCUGGUCUCAGGUUGGCAUCAGUAUCAGUCUGUGUUGCCUGGCAACCUGCUUGGCCUUGUUUUAGAGUGCACCCAUACAUGUUGUCAUGGUGACGGCCGUCAACACAAAGCAUUAUCUGAUCACCCAAGAUGCUACAUUAGAGGGGCAACAUAUAUUGCAUGGCGGAUACGACAAACAAACAACAAAAAUCAUAAAUUUCACCUUUUAGAAAAUACAUUUUAAUGCAUCAGUUGACAUAUUAGAAUAGAUGACAAUGGAGGAACAUGGUGAUUAUGUACGUUUAAUAUAUCUGAAGUGAAGCAUGAGAUAAUGUGGAGGGUGGACAGGAAACCAUCAAGAGUGCAGAGUUGAAAGGAAAGGUGACAAUGGUGCUAUCUAGCGGCGGACAUGUGAACUACAACGAGGAGUCAGCUAUUGCAGCAAACGAAGCAGCUUGGAAAUCUUCAACAGUGGCAGAAAGAAAGAGAGAAAAGUGUGUGUGAUGGGUUCAAGGCAUCAUCUUUUAAUUCAAUCCAACAAAUAAUUCACUUCUCUUUCAACUAAUCUUCCUUUUUAAUAUUCUCAACACACACACACGAGCCACUUUUAGCAAAUUAAAGUUGCAUAUUUGUUGACUAACUGAUUCUUACUUAUUACAGAAUGUAAUCAAUGUGGAUUUGAGAUUCUAAACAAGGCAAAUGAAUCCAACGCGCUCACACACACAAAAUUAAUAUGAUUAUGAUUAUUGCCUAGGAGGUUUUCUUUUAUUUUCUACAAGAAAUAGAAGCAAAAAGACUAACAAUGUCAUUGCUAAUAUUCAAAAAAGGGCUUUGCAACUCACUUGCUAGCCAACUUCUUUUUUUCAAACAGCGUUUUAAAAACAAACACGCCCCCUGGUGGCAAACGCCACACAUAUCUACUGUAUUUAAAAUUUAACAAACAUUUUUUUUUUUUUGCACUGACACGGAACAAAAACAGCCGAGCAACAGGGUCAGAAUGGAGGAGCAUUAGGGGCACACUGGAAAAAAUAUUUAGAAUUUAAAAGUACAAAUUUGUUUUCAAAUGUAAAAAAUAAAAGUCUGUUAUUUUUUCACAAGUUUCUAAUUACAACUUUUUUGUAAUGUUUAUUUUAAUUUUACGAUAAAUUCAUUUUUUUAUAUGUGUUCACUUCAUCAUCUUAACAAUCAGAGUUUUCACUGCAAUUUUAUUUAUUUAUAAUUUGUAAUUUUUUGGCUUUGACAAGCUUAUUUUUGUAAAAUUGGUACUUUUCAAUUCUUGGAGAAUUGACACUUUGUGUCAUAUUACGAUGACUUUCCCUUUCAAAAUAGUUUUAAUGUUUAUAAUACAUUGUUGAAUGCAAUAUAACUAGCUUACACUCCUGAAAUGUGAUUAGUUCAGUAAAAAGACCUAAAUAGGAAAACCUGUUUUCUUUUAUAUCAGAAUAAGCUUGCUAUA